GUGACCACUUUCUGCAUGCUGAUCCCUAAAAUGCCCCAAUGGAAAUUCUCCAGUCCAUCGGGCUUUCUCAGCCGCAGCCCUUCGAGCGCCAGCAAAGAGCUCUCAGCCUCAGCCAAAACGGGGAACCCAGGAGAAGCCGGGACCGGUUUGGCAUCGCCCUCAUCUUCAGGCCUGGCUGCUGUCCUCAGUGCCUGUGAGCCAGUCUGUGCUGCGCCCUGCAGCUUGCAGGUAAUGAACAGGCUGAGAGGAGGGGCCAGGGGCGGGAGGAAGGCACCUCAGGCCGAGGGGGCCAAAGUGGCUGGAGAGGAGUGGAGCCGUAAAGGGAGUUUCAUCAGCAAACCCGUGCAAGGCUGGCUGCAUCCAGACGAAAAAGUUUUGGGCCCUGGAGUCUCCUAUAUUGUCCGGUAUAUGGGAUGCAUUGAAAUCCUACGCUCAAUGAGGUCUUUGGAUUUCAACACUCGGACGCAAGUCACCAAGGAAGCCAUCAACAGGCUCUAUGAGGCAGUUCCAGGGGUUAAGGGGACAUGGAAGAAGAAGGCUCCCAACAAGGCCCUCUUCUCCAUUCUUGGCAAAAGCAACCUCCACUUUGCUGGCAUUAGCAUAGCUGUGAAUAUUUCCAUUGAUGGACUGAAUCUCAUGAUCCCCACGACCCAUCAGAUCAUCGCGAAUCACCACAUGCAGUCCAUCUCCUUUGCUUCAGGGGGUGAUACGGACACAACUGACUAUGUGGCAUAUGUUGCAAAGGAUCCUAUCAACCAACGAGCAUGCCACAUCUUGGAAUGUUGUGAUGGGCUGGCACAAAGUAUAAUCAAUACCGUGGGGCAGGCCUUCGAGCUCCGCUUCAAACAGUAUCUCCAUAACCCCCCCAAGACCAUGGUGCCACAGGAGAGAGCAAUGGGGACAGACGAUUCUACCUGGGGUGAAGAUGAAGAGACCUCAGAGCAUGAUUACUAUAACAGCAUCCCAGGAAAGGAGCCACCCCUUGGGGGCCUGGUGGACUCGCGCCUCUGGCACGGCACAUCUCUCUGCCACGCGCCCACGCAGCUUUUGUGCACCAGUCACUUCAACCAGGUUGGAUCCCCUGCCAGAAGAGACCACAGCAGUCAUUCAAAUUUGCACUGGGAUGCUGAUUCGCACGGCCAAAGCUGCGACGGUUACGUGCAGGCAGAUGGGAAGCCGCUGUGCACCCGAGACUAUGAAGAGCACAUGUAUGUGAAUACACAGAAUCUGGAGAACUGUGAGGCCGAUGCCGGGGGGCUUCGAGUGCUUGACGAGAGCCCCACAAAAGACCUGUUUGAUAUGAGGCCUUUUGAGGAUGCCUUGAAGCUUCAUGAAUCCAUGUCAGCUUGCGGCGCGGGCAGCAGCCCCCAGAUAGAGGACCAGUGGCCCAGCCCCCCGACCCGGAAGGCUCCAAUUGCCCCCACGGAAGAACAGCUCAAGCAGGAGCCCUGGUAUCAUGGCAAGAUGAGCCGGCGGGAUGCGGAGAAGUUGCUGCGGAUGGAUGGGGACUUCCUUGUGAGAGACAGCAUAACCAACCCUGGGCAGUACGUCCUGACGGGCAUGCACAAUGGGCAACCCAAACAUUUGCUCCUGGUGGAUCCUGAAGGAGUGGUGAGAACCAAGGACGCCUUAUUUGAAAGCAUCAGCCACCUUAUUAACUAUCACCUACAAAACGAACAGCCAAUCGUGGCAGCUGAGAGUGAGCUGCACCUACGACAGGUGGUGAAAUGGAAGCUGUGA